AUGCAGGAAGCCCCAGAUUGGAUCUCUGAGCACAGGACCCAGGUGAGGCGCGUUCUGCAGCGGGUCCCUGGGAAGCAGCGAUUCGGCAUCUACAGGUUCCUGCCCAUCAUUUUAGUCCUGGGAGGAACGAUGGAGUGGAUUAUGAUUAAUGUGCGCUUGGGCCAUGAGACCUUCUAUGAUGUCUACUGUAGAAAAGCCUCAGAAAGACAGUAUCAGAGAAUGCUGGAAGAUGCAACAGAGAUUGAACUUUAA